AUUUCAAAGCAAAUAUCUGCCUGAUCCAGUCAGUCAAACUGGGAGGUCAGUGCACAGACAGUUAUUGUGUACAAAAGGGUUUGCGACAGGCUGAAAGAAGGAAACUGAGAAAAAAGGAGCAAGAGAAGUUAAAGCAGAGAAGGAGCAACACAAAAACCUUAUUCUCUCCACCACAACAUUCUACGGAGAAAAGAUGGAGUACAAAGUGACAGUGGCCACCGGGACCUCCGAAUAUUCAGGAACCAACAAUUAUAUAUACGUGACUCUAGUAGGAGAGAGAGGAGAGACUGAGAGAACCUUGCUGGACAAUCCAGGCCUAGACUUCUGCAGAGGAGCGGUGGACGAUUACGCAGUUAAAAGCGAUGCCGAUUUGGGUCGACUGAUACUGGUGCGACUGGAGAAGCAGAAGUACUGGGUGGAGGACAACUGGUUCUGCCGUUACGUGAAAGUCGGUGUACCUGGACAAAGGUGCAGCUACACUUUUCCCUGUUACCGUUGGCUAGUGGGAGAUAAAGUGAUAGUAGAGCUGAGAGAAGGCACAGCCAAAAAGAUCAGUGAUGACACCUUGCCACUGGAAUUAUCUCACAGAAAAACAGAGCUUCAGGAGAGGCAAAAAAUAUACAGAUGGCUUGCAUGGGCCCCAGGCAUUCCGAAAUGCAUUGAUGCCAAGUCAGAGGCCGAUCUGCCCCAGGACGCUCGCUUUGACAACGAGAAGCGCAGCGACUUUGUGGGAUCCCUUCACUAUGCGCUUUUGGAGCUGUCUUUGAAAAAACUGGCAAUCAAGUUUGGAAAGUCCUGGAAUGACCUGGACGACUUCAAGAGGAUCUUCUGGAAGCUGAGAAGCCCCAUAGCUGAAUACACCAUGAACCACUGGAAAGAAGACUGGUUUUUUGGUUACCAGUUCCUCAAUGGCUCAAAUCCACGGAUGAUUACCAGGUGCAAAGAGCUGCCCUCCAACUUCCCUGUCACUGGAGACAUGGUGCAGUCUUCUCUGAUACCUACAACCACUUUAAAAAAGGAACUCAUGAAAGGAAAUAUAUUCCUGGUCGAUCACGCGAUAGUGGAUGGGAUUCCUGCCAAUGUAAUCAGAGACAGAACACAGCACAUAGCUGCCCCGCUUUGCUUACUGUAUGAGCAUCCCGAGAAAGGUCUCAUUCCUAUCGCCAUACAGCUUGAUCAGAAACCUGAUAAGGACACACCCAUAUUUCUAGCUAGUGAUCCACCUCUGGCCUGGUUGUUGGCUAAAAUGUGGGUUCGGCACGCCGAGUUCCAGGUCUUUCAGUUAUUGUCACAUCUGCUGCGCACACACUUGGUGGUAGAAGUGAUCUGUGUGUCCACGCUCCGACAGCUCCCUGCGGUUCACCCUAUCUAUAAGCUCUUGACUCCUCAUCUGAGGUAUACGCUUGAGAUUAAUUGUCGUGGAAGAACACAGCUCAUCUCCCCAGAUGGCAUUUUCAAAAGGGUGGUAUCAACAGGUGGAGAUGGACUCUUGAUUCUGGCCCAGAGGGAGUAUAAAGUAUUAACCUAUCGCUCCCUCCAGCCCAAAUUUGACUUCUUGGACAGAGGAGUUACUAAACUGAAAGGCUAUUUCUACAGGGAUAAUUCUAUGAUGCUGUGGGAUGCCAUUCAAAAUUUUGUUUCAGGAAUAAUUUCCCUGUACUAUAACAGUGAUAGUGAAGUUGAACAGGACUCAGAACUUCAGGCGUGGAUUAAUGAUGUGGCUGUGGAGGGCUUUGUGGAUGUGCCCUCUUUUGGUCUAGCCAGUGAGCUGAAGACAAAAGAAGAACUCGUCACACUGUUAAGUGUGGUGAUCUUUAUAAGCACAGCACAACAUGCUGCCACCAACAACGGCCAGUUUGAUUGGUGCGCAUGGGUUCCCAAUACACCCUGCACCAUGCGGCACCCUCCACCGACAGACAAGGACGCCGUCACCAUGGACAUGAUCAUGGACACACUCCCUGAUAUCAGCCAGUCCUGUGUGCAGAUGGCCAUCACAUGGCACUUGGGCAGAGCUCAGCCAGAUGCGAUCCCGAUGGGCCAAUAUGUGGAACAGUACUUCACGGAGCCUGCGGCUUUAAAAGUGAUUGAUAAAUUCAGAAAGGAGCUGAAGGAACUGGAGGAGCAGAUAAUAACUCAGAAUGAGGGGCUGGAACUGCAGUACCUCUAUCUGUGCCCAAGCCGCAUGGAAAAUAGCAUCACCAUUUAAAACUCUUCUCCAAAAUGUAUGCGUAUAUGCAAGUCAGAAUUGUUUCGAGUAGGUCAGCUAAAUCUUACUCAUCAUACAUUCAGAUUACACCAAAGGUACCUUUCCUAGCUACAGCUGAGACCAAUGCCUUUUUCAGGAAUGGUAUCUAUGAAAUACUGUGACAUAAUUAUGUAAUUUGUUUAGUUUGCACUACUGCAUUUUUUGUUGUUGUUUUUUUACAUUCAAUGUCGUGAACAGUAUUUAUUUUUAUUUUUGAAAAUAGUUAAAUGAAAAAAAAAAAUGUUGGCGAUUCUACUCAUUGCGGUAUUGUUUAAUACACGUCAUCAGCCUUGUAAUGUGCUCUUCAUUGUCCAGUUUCAGGAUUAAGUCAUAGUUCAAUUAUGACAUUUACGUAAUUUUCAGGAAAUCAUCUUAGAAGAAAGGCAUUACUGGGUGUGCAUCUCGAGGCAAAACAGUAGCACUGAUAUAUCUUAAGUUUCUUUUAGUUAAACAGCUCAGAUUUACAUUUUAAUCUGGGACUAGAUUUAAGCCAUAACCUAUUAAACGUGCUAUUAGUAGUUUUCUGUGAAACCGGGGGCAUAUGUAUUGCAUAUAUAGCCCAUUCUUUUUCCAGAUGUGCAAAAUGAUACCAGCAUUACUACUAUACUUUAUACCUAUAGCUGUAUUAAAAAAACUAACAUGCAUUGUGCAGAUAUUUUUCAUAGCUAAUAAAGUCUGUUUUGCUAUUUCA